GAGAGCCAGGGGUUCCUUAGGGAGACCCCCUUGGGGUGCCCCGGCCUUGUGCCGCCCCCAAUUUAUUUUUUUAACAUCGGAGAAUCUUCUUGAAGAGGUGUCGACGAUGGAGGAGAUAACGAUCAAGACAUCUCUCCUGCCGCUGUACGUCGUCCUGGAGGACUUCAGGGAGGAAGACACCGACUUUAAGGCCCUUGCCUCUUAUUACGAACAUCACUACCGGGUCUACUAUGGCAAGAACGUCGUCCUAGAGGACUUUAUUCUUCGAUAUUUCAGCGACCCGAGGACGACGCACAGAGACAACAUUUAUGAGUACUGGGUGUUGAUCCAUUAUCUGGAAGUGCUCGAGAGGGAGUGUGUCGCCCUCUACAGUGAGGAGUUGCUGCCUCCUGAAGCAUCAUCGGAACACUGGAGAUGGGGGCAGCAUUUCGAGUAUCUGCGGCUGCAGAAUACUAUCCAAUGGCACCUUCACCAGCUUGCCAUGACGCUCUGGGAGAGGGAGCAGAAGCUGCAGGAGGCUGCUGGUGAGGAACAAAAUGCAAGUCCUGCAGCUGAGGGAGAGGAGGAAGGAGCUCAUGCAGUGGAGGAGGAGAAGGAAGAGGGAGCUCCUGGAGUACAACAAGCUCCUGCAGCAGAGGAGGAAGAGCAGAGAGAAGAGGGAGCUCCUGGAGAACAAGCUCCUGCUGCGGAGGAGAGAGAAGAUGGAGCUCCUGGAGAAGAACAAGCUCCUGCAGUGGAGGAGGAAGAGCAGAGAGAAGAGGGAGCUCCUGGACAACAGCAAGGUCCUGCUGCUGCAGAGGAGGAGAGAGAAGAGCGAGCUCCUGGACAACAGCAAGCUCCUGCUGCUGCUGAGGAGGAGGAGAGAGAGGAGGGAGCCCCUGGGGAACAACCAGCUCCUGCACCGGAGGAGGAGAGAGAAGAGGGAGGCCCUGGGGAAGAACAAGCUCCAGCACCGGAGGAGGAAAGAGAAGAGGAAGUAGCAAAAGAACGAGCUCCAGAGGUGGAAGAGACCUUCGAAGAUCCUCCGGUGGUAGAAAGGCCGACCCUCCGAAAACGGGUCAAGAAGGCCAUAAUGAAGAGGCUCCGCAGGGUUUGGCAUUCCACCCAAAGACUCACCUGCUGCCGCCGACCCACCACCACGGCCUGAAUCCUUUCCUUCCAACCUACCUAUCCCGAGAGCGUAUGUCUGUGUGUGUCUGUCUGUUAUGUACAGGAGGGAGAGUGGGGGUUAUGUACAGGAGGGAGAGUAGGGGGUUAUGUACAGGAGGGAGA